CAGCAGGAGGGUGCUGCUUCUGUCCGUCUUUCUGUCUCGCUCUCCACAUGCCCACUCCUGGCGUGUCUCUCGCCGCGCUCGCCGGCGCGACGGUCCGCGGGCCCUGGCCGGCGACGAGGACUGUGCGCGCCGAUACGCUCUGGAAGGGCGAUCGGCCGACCGUCGUCUACGCCGUGCGCCGCCUCGGAUGACCCUACUGCCGCCGGCUGGCGGCUGACCUGACCGCGCUGCGGCCAGAGUUUGAGCGUGCCGGCGCGCGGCUGGCGGUGAUCACCUCGCUCGACACCGGCGUGCAGGAGUUUGUGGACGCCGUCUGGCCGGGCGGCGAGGUUUGGGUGGACGAGGAGGAGGCCUUCAAGAAGGCGAUCCACGGCGGGCGCGGCGCCUCUGUGCGCAACAUGUGGCUGCUCAAGCCUUGGGUGCUGAAGAACGUGGUGUCCUACGCGCGCUCCUUUGGCUCGAGCACGGCCGACGUCUCUGACGCAAAAACAAAGCUGCUCGGUGGAACCUUCGUCGUGAGGAACGGAGAGGUCGUUUACACGCACCGCGAGACAUCCAGCUUCGACAACGGCGACGCGAGGGAGGUGCUUGCGGCGGCCCUCGGCACGACUGUCGCCGGUCUCGCCGCGAGGCUGCCGCCGCCGACCCCGAGCGAGGCCGCCGUGUGCUCGCGCGAGUAAGCCCGAGUAGCGUGCCCUGCGCCAGUUGCUGCACGCCAGUCGCUGCCCGCCGCGCGCCCUCGUGGGAAGCUGCUCUGCUGCAUGACCGCCGCCCCGCUAAACGCUCGCCGACUGCGAGACGCGGGGAGGCGCGAGGAGACAAGCAGAGCGGCGCGUCUCGACGGACGCGAUCGCCGUACGCCGAUCCGGGUGGACGGCGCUCGUGGAGCGCGCGACCGGGGGCGUAGCUGACCGUGCGGCGGACGCGCGCGUGUCCAAAAUUGUUCAGUUUCGGUGAAUCUGCCUGACACACAAGCAUCAUAAAAG